AUGCGGUCUCACGGAGGAAUCAAGCUUGGAGACCGCGAGUAUGCGCGUCGGCGCUUCGGUUCAGUCAUGAGUUUCCUCGCCGACCUGAUUGUCGACGUGAGGGAGAUGCGCAAGGUGGAGGACACGCUGGAAUCGACCGACAAAUCCGUCAUGGCCUUCAAGGACAGCCAUCUGAGCGCCGUGGGCAGCGUGUCCACGACGGCCGCCAUCGUCGCCCAGCUCUCCUCGACCACGCUCCAAAUGCCGGGGCUGAGCCACGUGCACUGGACCGCCCCCGGCUGCAUCAUCGCCAGCCUCGUCUUCGGCGUCCUCGCCGUCAUCCUCGGCACCGUGCAGCAGCAGAUCCUGGGCACCCUCACCAACCCGGAGGGCGUGCGCAUGUGGCUCAGCAACGGACGCUUCUACCCGCCGCACCGGCUGUGCCGCCCGCGCUACGACGAGCGCAUCGGCGAGACGGGCGACAGCUUCUGCCUCAGCGCCGAGCACAACCACCUCGCGUCGACGCCGCAGUUCCGCGGCACCGCGCCCCGCGCCCGGCGCCGCCUGCAGGUCUCCAUCGCCGCGCUGCAGCUCAUGUCCAUGCCGCACAAGUUCCUGACCGUGGCCGUGGCCUUCUUCCUCGGCGGCCUGGCCCUGUACCUGGGCUUCGCCUACCGCCAGGACCUCGACGACACGCCCGCCCGCGACAACAACGAGGCCGUCUUCAUCUCCUUUGUUGCCGUCGCCGGCGCCGCCGUCAUGUCCGGCUUGGGCGUCAGUGCGUGGAAGUUUUGGGAGGUGCGCGGCGCCGAGCGGAGGUCCGACAAGGACGCGUAUGGGGACGAGGAGUCGGAGGCGUGGACCGAGGAGGACGAAGAAGAAGAAGAAGAGGGGGAAGUCAGCGAGCAGAGCGGCUACGAUGCGGACGAGUCCCAGUUUCUGAGCAGCUCCCAGAUGACGGGGUCACGGCAGCAACAGCAGCAACAGCCGAGGGCUAGGAAGUCGCGGGGUGGUGGCCGGCAUGAUGAAAUCGCUGAGAUGUUGGAGGAGGCUGCGAGGCUGCACAAGCGCCUGGCGCAGCUGAUGCGGGAAGAGACGAAUGGCUAUUGA